AUGCGCUUCGCAACAGCACUCGCCGUUGUGGCCGCCACGAUCGGCAGCGCCAUUGCCCAGGACCCGCUCGUUCUCGGCUUCAACUCUGGAGCCACUGACGACACGGGCGCCGCGAAGACACAGAAGGAUUUCGAGAAGGAGUUCAAGACGGCAAAGAACCUCGAGGGCGCGCCCGGCAACUUCAGCGCCAUCCGCCUGUACUCCAACAUCCAGGCCAACACCGCGGACUCGCCCAUCGAGGCCUUCCCAGCCGCCAUCGCAACCAACACGAAGCUUCUCCUCGGUAUCUGGGCCUCAGGAACAGACAACAUCGACAACGAGUUGAAGGCCUUGAACGCGGCGGUCAAGGAGUACGGCACAAAGUUCACCGACCUCAUCAUCGGCAUCUCGGUCGGCAGCGAGGAUCUGUAUCGUGUGUCUGAGCCCGGUAUCCGGAACAAGUCUGGUGUUGGCAACAGCGCGGAGACCAUUGUCAAGUUCAUCAAGACCACCCGCGAACGCCUCGCCUCUACCACCCUCAAGAACGUUCCCAUUACCCACGUAGACACGUGGACCGCAUGGGUCAACACAUCCAACAAGGCCGUCAUCGACAACAUCGAUUUCCUCGCCGUCAACGCUUUCCCCUUCUACGAGGCUGAGCGCGACAACCAGAUCAGCAAUGCCGGCAGCCUCUUGAACAGCGCCUUGAGUGCCAUCGAUGGUGUCGCAGGAGGCAAGGACGUCUGGAUUACCGAGACUGGCUGGGCAUACUCUGGUCCUUCGUUCGGCGCGGGAUCCGCUUCCGUCGAGAACGCUGCCACAUACUGGAAGGACGUCGGCUGUGCCAUCUUUGGCAAGAGGAACGUCUUCUGGUACACCCUGCGCGACGCCAACCCAGCCAACAAGGUCAAGUUCGCCGUCUCCGACAACCUGUCCACCAAGCCGCGUUUCGAUCUGAGCUGCAAGGUGAAGAAGGAUCUGCCUGCCCCAACCCCACUCUCCAACAACAGCACCACGUCGAGCGGCAACACGACCACCGGCACCGGCAGCAGCAGCGGCAGCGGUGGCAACGGCACUUACAACACCCCCGGCUCCAGCUCCACUCCUGGUUCCUCCUCCAACCCCAAGGGCAACAGCAGUCGCCCAGGUGUUGAGCAGAGCAAUGGUGCAGGCAUUACUUCCGUGUCCGUCGUGAACUCGAUGGCUCUGGCGUUGUCUGUCGUCUUUGCCGUGGCCACUUGGGCUUUGUAG